AGUGCAAAGUUAAAGAUGGCCGCCGCGACUACGGCACAAGUCAGUGGUGCAGUGUGCGCGUAGGACGUGAAUUGUUCUUUAUAUUUGUGUUCGCGUGGUGUUCGGUUAUUUUUAAGUGCGGUUACCUGUCAAGUUUCGUAUAGAGUCUCCGUUUCACGUGCGAGUCCUCGAAAAGAACAAUAGAUCUAGUAGAAAUGGGCCGUUCCAGAUCCAGAACGAAAUCGCCGAGCAGGAGGCGUCACAAGAGCAAACACUCGAGGAAACGCUCCAAAUCUCGAGAAAAACACUCGAAUAACAAAUACUCCGAGAAACCGAAGGAACGCAGUUCGAAAUCGAGAAAACGGUCCCAUUCUGCAUCUUCCAGUUCAGGUUCCGAUGCCUCGGACGAUGUACAUAUUGUCAGUCAUAAAAAACGUUCAUACAGAGACAGAGAUAGAAAAAUGGACGAGGUAGAGAGACUAGCAGAAAUGGAGCGACAAAGGAAAAAGAAAGAAUUAUCGAACAAAAUCUUCACUACGAGUGCUGUUGGAAGGCAACGUGAAGUGGAGCAAAAAAUGGUUGAGGAGGAGGCUGCCAAACGAAUCGAAGAGUUAGUACAGAAGAGGGUGGAGGAAGAGCUAGAAAAGCGAAAGGAGGAAAUAGAAGCGGAAGUACAAAGGAGGGUAGAAGAAGCUAAAAGGGCGAUGGAGCGUCAAAUGAUGGAGGAAAUGGAAUGGAGACAAGCGAAACUUCGUGAGGAGGAGAAACGGAGAGAGGAGGAAGAGCGGAAGAAGCGCGAGGAACUAGAGAGGAUCGUGGAGGAGAACAACAGAAAAAUCGAAGAAGCCCAGAAGAAAUUGGCUGAGGAAAGAUUGGCCAUGGUCGAACAGCAACGUUUAAUGGAAGAGGAGAGGCAAAGAAUGAGGAAAGAGCAAGAGAAACGUGUGAAAGAGGAGCAAAAGAAAAUUCUCGGGAAGAACAACUCGAGGCCUAAAUUAUCCUUUACGCUAAAGCCAGUUACGUGAGUCUCUGUCCUCAUUUCGUGCAGUUUUACAUGUGAUAUUUAUACAUCUUGUCGGUUUCUCUGGAAUCGUUUCGAUUCCGUAUGAACAGUUCAUCGUAAGCUGCCUCAACCUCCGUACAAUGAUACGUACAGAUAAUUCUGCAGCGACAAGAUCCAAAGCUCACCCGAAUGUAUUUGCGAUGCUCGUCGAAACCCGGCGGUGUUCGUGAAUUCGCUUAUUCGUUCCCGAUCGCCGGGUCGGGACCGAGUAAUCGAUUUUUAUGCACGCCGGAUUUCGAACCCCGAUACAGAUGGGAUCAUUCACAGUUUUCUCGACGCCACGCCGAUAUCGCGACAGACGAGUUUCGCGCGGAGAGAACGCAGAAUUGUAUAGAGGAGUAGCGCGUUACUUGCGUAACUAUCCCUAAUCGCAUCUUGUACAUUUUCGUUUCUUCUAUCUUUUAUUUCCCCCCCCCCCCCCAAACCCCCNCCAGAGCCCCAUUCGGACCUAACGCACGCCACUAACACGAGCCGCCGGUUCUGCUCGUUCUGUCCGAUAGAAGCGUGGCGAACAGCCUACCAAGGUUGCAGUUUCUACACAUGCAAUAUAUACGCCGGGUUCACUGUAAAUUACAUCAACACCGAACCAGACGAAUAACGAUUUUAUUUACAGUUAGACACUUACGAUACGCGAAACACGACUAUCGUAUUAAGCCCGCCCGCGUGUCGAGUGUUCGACGAGACGCGGCGGCCGGUUUACUUUCUCCUCGGGACGGUCGAUAUUAUCCACACGACCAACAUAGAUUUUGUAACGAAUUACGAACGCAUGGACGAAUUUUCUACGAUUAUCGUGAGUCUGUAAAACACACGUAACCGCCGCGCGGACCUGAUUUCGAAGCAAUAUAAAUAGCAGGAGAGUGAGAGAGAGAGAGAGAGUGAGAGCGAGAGAGAGAGA